AUGUCGAAUUUUGUGGAGUUAUUAAUAACGGAAGUGGAAAGACGGCCCAUUUUAUGGAAUAGAUAUUUGAAAGAUUAUAAAAAUCGUGUUUUAGUUGAGAAGGAAUGGGAGAACGUUGCGCUGGUAUUACAAAAAGAGAAGUACAAGGUUAAACAAAAGUGGAAGAAUCUUCGAGAUCAAUUCCAACGGGAGUGUAAGAAAAUAAGAAGUCUUCAGUCCGGCGUUCCUGGUAGUCUGUCGGCUGAAACGUAUAACGUGAAGUGGGCACACUUUGAACAAAUGAAAUUUUAUUUAAAGAUCAUGUCGACGCCAUUCCCGACGGAAAUGAGUUUUCACGUAGACCAAAUAAAAGAAGAGCAAAUAGACAUCUCGGAAGAUACACCGUCGCAAGACUCGAAUACUGUACUAGAAGAAGAUACACCUCCCGCGUCGAUUACUCCUUCGUGUGCCGAAAAAGGAUUCGAAAGUAUAACAGGAUCGCCUCUCUCGGAAUUCGAGAAACAAUUUAUCGAGCUAGAAAACAGAAAAAUGCGGUUCCUGAUGGAUAAUUCGAUGGCAUCAACGUCACAGGAAAAUUCACAGGACGACGAAGACAUGUUAUUUGUUAAAUCGUUAGUUCCAUUUUUCAAAAAUCUGCCCCCGUUAAAAAAGCUUAUUGUACGAAAUAAAAUUCAAGAAGUACUAAUCGCAGAGAUGCGAAACGAAGAAAACGACAAAUUAAAUAACUUUACAUAAACAUACGGAAUUAUUGUUCCUUUGAUUCUC